AUGCCGUCGUCUAGAUCCGUCUUCCACCGCCAUGGCCAGUGCCUGAUGACCCUCUUUGCCAUGGUGGCGAGCCUCUGCACCGUCGUAACAUCCAUGGACAGCAAGUGGACGUUGGUGCAGUGCAAAUCCUCGAUGGCGCCUUCUCCAGCAGCUCCGGCUCCCUCGCCGUCGUCGUCCUCCUCUUUCAACAGCACGUUCUGGUCCAACGUCGUCGCGCUACUGGACGUGCUCCCGUCGGCCGCGGCGCCCACAGGCUUCGCUUCCCUCGCCCGCGGCAACGGCACCGACCGCGCCUUCGUCCGAGGCAUCUGCCGCGGCGACACCGCGCCGGCCGACUGUUCCAGGUACCUCCGGAGCGCCGCGCUGGAAAUCCAGAGGAGCGGCUGCAACAGCAGCCGCCGCAACGCCAUCUGGUACGACGACGGCUCCACGGUGACAUAUCCGGCGCCGAUGAUGUCCUUCAUCAGCUACGCCGACACCAACACGUCGACCAGCGGCGAGGAUACAAUCCGGUGGUUGGACCACAACACCGGGGAGGUCUCCGACAAGGACGCCUUCGAGGAAACCUACAACGCGCUCAUGAGCAGACUCACCGCGCGCAUCGUCAACGGCUCCUCCGCGUCGUCAUCGCUAGCGCCGAUGUUCGCGACAGGAGAGGCCGUGUAUGACAGCGCUGCCCUAACGGCACCAUGUAUGGGCUGUUGCAGUGCAUGA